UUUUUUUGGGUUCAGCUAAGAUUAGUCGGUUAAAGUUUUGAGAUUUGGAAACCCUGUGAUGUUUUUGGUGAGUGAUGAAAUCGUUGCGUUGGUUUUAUCGCGUUGAAGUUGAAACCCUAAUUUCGGGGACCUUGUGGAGUGUCUCUGUUUGCACUCUGCAGUCUCUAGUCUUCUUCUUCUUCUGAGGGCGUUAGUAAUGGCGUCUAAAGGUGGGAAAUCUAAACCUGAUAUAGUAAUGGCUUCCAAAAGUGGGAAAUCUAAACCUGAUAAUGAGUAUAAAGCUAAGCGCCAGAAGACGCUCGAAGCUCCUAAAGAACCACGUCGCGCUAAAACUCAUUGGGACCAUGUUUUGGAAGAGAUGGCUUGGCUUUCAAAGGACUUUGAGUCCGAGAGGAAGUGGAAGCUGGCGCAGGCGAAGAAGGUUGCUUUGAGGGCUAGUAAAGGCAUGCUUGAUCAGGAAUCUAGGGAAGAAAGGAAGCUAAAGGAAGAAGAGCAGCGGUUACGAAAAGUAGCUCUUAAUAUCUCGAAAGACAUGAAAAAGUUUUGGAUGAAAGUUGAGAAGCUGGUGCUUUACAAGCAUCAGCUGGUACGCAAUGAGAAAAAGAAGAAGGCGAUGGACAAGCAACUUGAGUUUCUGUUAGGCCAAACCGAGAGGUACUCAACCAUGUUGGCAGAAAAUUUAGUGGAACCUUAUAAAGAAGGACAUAGUAGUCCUCCAAAAACUCUGCCGGCUAUGGAGUUGAAAAGUGAUGAGGAGAUGGCAGAACAGAUACCUCCAGAGAUAAAUUGUUUAGCUGCAGGUCUUGAAUCAGAAAGUCCUGAAAUCGAUGAGGAUUAUGAUCUAAAAUCCGAGGAUGAGACCGAAGAUGAUGAAAAUACUAUUGAGGAGGAUGAAAAACACUUUACCAAACGGGAAAGACAGGAAGAGUUGGAAGCUUUGCGAGAUGAAGUGGAUCUACCGGUUGAGGAGCUGCUCAGACGUUAUACUGCUGGGAGAGUCAGCCGAGAAACCAGCCCAGAAAAUGAUGAAAGUGGAGACAAACUGGCCUCAGUAGAUCAAGAUCAUGGAGAGGAAGACAUGAACAAUCUUACUGCUUCUGAAGAAACUGAAAAGAGCCCAAGUGUUCGUCGUUCUAAUGAUAGCUGCGGUCGUUUGGCAAUACCCAAGACCCAUUCUCAUGACCUCGAGCCAGGCACGACGACUGCUUCUGCGAAGUCCAGAAAGGAAGAUCAUACUUACGAUUUUAACGAUGAACAGGAAGAUGUCGACUUUGUUGUUGCCACUGGUGAGGAAAAGGAUGAUGAGACAACACUUUCUGUCGAAGAGGAAUUAGCGAAAGCAGAUAAUGAAGACCAUGUCGAAGAGAUUUCUCUGCUGCAAAAAGAGAGUGAAAUGCCUAUUGAAGAGCUGCUCGCAAGGUAUAAGGAGGAUUGCGGUGACAAGGAUAUUUCUGAGGAUGAAUCUGAGUAUUCAUGUGCUCAGUCUGAAGAUUCUGGUGUAGACUCUCACGAAAAUAAGCAGCAAGCUAAUUCAGAUGAUGAAAACGUUGAUUCAACAGAAUGUAAGCCAGAUCCAAAUCCUUGCGCAGAAAUAGUUGAUGGCACAUCCCAUGAAAUAACAGAAGACAAUGGUAAAGACAGUAGUGAUAAAAUUGCUGAUGCAGCAGCAGCAGCAAGAUCUGCGCAGCCAACUGGAUUUACGUACUCUACAACAAAAGUUCGAACGAAACUGCCGUUUCUGCUCAAGCAUUCUCUGCGUGAGUACCAACACAUUGGUUUGGACUGGCUUGUCACGAUGUAUGAGAAAAGAUUGAACGGGAUUCUAGCUGAUGAAAUGGGUCUUGGAAAGACAAUUAUGACCAUUGCUCUUCUAGCACACCUUGCAUGUGAUAAGGGGAUAUGGGGUCCCCAUCUGAUUGUGGUUCCAACAAGUGUGAUGCUUAAUUGGGAAACUGAGUUUCUUAAGUGGUGUCCUGCAUUUAAAAUACUCACCUACUUUGGGAGUGCAAAGGAGCGGAAACUCAAGAGACAAGGAUGGAUGAAGCUUAACUCAUUUCAUGUAUGCAUAACAACCUAUAGGCUAGUUAUUCAGGACAGUAAAAUGUUCAAGCGCAAGAAGUGGAAAUACUUGAUUCUUGACGAAGCCCAUUUAAUUAAGAAUUGGAAGUCUCAGAGAUGGCAAACACUAUUGAACUUCAAUUCUAAACGCAGAAUUUUGUUGACUGGUACACCGCUGCAGAAUGAUCUUAUGGAAUUGUGGUCACUUAUGCAUUUCCUGAUGCCACAUGUCUUUCAGUCUCACCAGGAAUUCAAAGAUUGGUUCUGUAACCCGAUAGCAGGGAUGGUUGAGGGACAAGAGAAAAUCAACAAAGAAGUUAUUGAUCGCUUACAUAAUGUCCUCCGUCCUUUUCUUCUACGGCGCUUAAAAAGGGACGUGGAGAAGCAACUUCCUUCAAAACAUGAGCAUGUUAUUUUCUGUAGACUGUCUAAGAGGCAGCGCAACUUGUACGAGGACUUCAUAGCAAGCACAGAAACACAGGCUACACUUAACAGUGGAAGCUUUUUUGGGAUGAUAAGUAUCAUUAUGCAGUUACGGAAAGUGUGUAAUCAUCCUGAUCUCUUUGAGGGUCGUCCUAUUGUAAGUUCUUUUGAUAUGGCUGGCAUUGAUAUGCAGUUGAGUUCAACAAUCUGUUCGCUGCUUUUGGAAAGUCCGUUUUCCAAGGUUGAUCUUGAGGCUUUGGGAUUCUUAUUCACACAUCUUGAUUUUUCGAUGACUUCUUGGGAAGGGGAUGAGAUUAAAGCUAUUUCAACUCCCUCAGAAUUAAUCAAGCAGCGUGUGGACUUGAAAGAUGAUCCAGAAGCAAUCCCUUUGAGUUCGAAAAACCGCAAAAAUCUGCAAGGGACGAAUAUUUUUGAAGAAAUACGUAAGGCCAUCUUUGAGGAAAGGGUUAAAGAAACUAAGGAUCGGGCAGCAGCCAUUGCAUGGUGGAAUUCUUUGAGAUGCCAGAGAAAGCCGACUUACUCUACAUCUCUGAGAACUCUUUUAACUAUUAAGGGUCCUCUCGAUGAUAUACACCAUCUUAAAGCUAAUCGUUCAUCUUACAUGUAUUCCUCAACCCUCGCUGACAUAGUUCUUUCACCGAUCGAGCGCUUUCAGAAGAUAAUUGAGCUAGUUGAAGCUUUCACAUUUGCGAUUCCAGCUGCACGAGUACCUUCACCUGCUUGCUGGUGCAGCCGUAGUGACUCUCCUGUUUUUCUUAGUCCAUCAUACAAGGAAAAAGUUACAGAUUUAUUGUCACCUCUUUUGUCUCCGAUUAGACCUGCAAUUGUUCGGAGCCAAGUAUAUUUUCCAGAUAGGCGACUGAUACAGUUUGAUUGUGGUAAGCUGCAGGAGCUUGCUAUGUUAUUGAGGAAAUUAAAAUUUGGGGGGGAUGAGAGAGCUGUCAUCACUACUUCAAGCCAAGAAGAUGACACUGAUGUAUUAGAUGAUGUCAAGCAAAUGGCUGCAGCAGCCGCUGCUGCUGGACAAGCUAUCUCAUCUUUUGAGAAUCAGCUACGUCCAAUUGAUAGAUAUGCAAUUAGAUUUUUAGAGCUUUGGGACCCCAUCAUUGGUGAUUCGGCAAUGGAAAAUGAAGCGGGGUUCGAAGAGAAAGAAUGGGAACUUGACCACAUUGAAAAGUACAAGGACGAAAUGGAAGCUGAGAUUGAUGAUGGGGAAGAGCCUCUUGUUUAUGAGAAAUGGGAUGCUGAUUUUGCAACCGAAGCAUACAGGCAGCAAGUGGAAGUCUUAGCUCAGCAUCAGUUGAUGGAAGAUUUGGAAAAUGAAGCUAGAGAGAGGGAAGCUGCUGAGAUGGCUGAAAUGGAUUUGAUACAGAAUGAAACUCCUCAUGUACCAAAGUCUAAGAAGAAGAAAAAAGCGAAGAAAGCCAAAUAUAAAUCCCUGAAGAAAGGAUCACUGGCUGCCGAACCAAAACAUGUGAAGUCCAUUGUGAAAGUUGAAGAUUCGACUGAUGAUGAUAAUGAUGAAUUCUCCUAUGUGAGUAGCAGUGACUCAGAUAUGGUUACACCGCUUUCGCGGAUGCAUAUGAAAGGCAAGAAAAGAGAUUUAAUUGUUGACACCGAAGAAGAGAAUACUUCGAAGAAGAAAGCAAAGAAGCAUAAGAAAUCUCUUCCGAAUUCAGAUAUCAAAUACAAACAACCAAGUGCUCUACAUGAUGAACUGGAACCAUCAAAACCGCCUGACAGUAUGGUUGUUGAUAAUGAAAUGAAACUGACGAGCAGGGGUAAAACUAUAGGGAAAAAAUCCAUCACUUCCAUGCCAAUAAAGCGUGUUCUUAUGAUCAAGCCAGAGAAGCUAAAGAAAGGGAAUCUGUGGUCUAGAGACUGUGUUCCCUCGCCUGAUUCUUGGCUGCCCCAGGAAGAUGCUAUAUUGUGUGCCAUGGUUCAUGAAUAUGGGCCUAAUUGGAGUUUUGUUAGCGGAACUCUUUAUGGAAUGACAGCUGGUGGGGCUUACAGGGGACGGUAUCGCCAUCCUGCAUUUUGUUGUGAGAGAUAUAGAGAGCUUAUCCAACGACAUAUUAUGUCUGCUUCCGACAGUGCAGUGAACGAGAAGAACCUCAACACAGGUUCUGGGAAGGCACUCCUGAAAGUCACUGAGGAAAAUAUUCGGACACUCUUAAAUGUUGCAGCUGAGCAGCCAGAUACAGAGAUGCUCCUACAAAAACAUUUUUCUUGCUUGCUGUCAUCAAUUUGGAGGACGUCGACCCGGACAGGGAAUGAACAACUGCUCUCCUUAAGCAAUCCCAUUUUCAAUAGACAGUUUAUUGGCUCCGUGAAUCACUCCCAGGAUAUAGCUAGAAAGCCUUGGCAGGGGAUGAAGAUCACCAGCUUAAGUAGAAAGUUGUUAGAAGCCGCUCUCCAGGAUUCCAGCACGAGUCAGCCAAACAAUACUGCUUCCCGUUCGAGGUUGCAGGAGGAUCAACCUAUCAAUAAAGUGGAGUUAGACUUAACCUUGGAAUUCCCCCCACGUGGUUAUGAUGAUUCCCUGACGCAGUUUCCACCCAUGAUAAGUGUGUCCAUUGAUGGGUCAGAUUCAUUAAAUUAUGUGAACGAACCCCCAGGGGAAGAUGUUCUAAAAGGUUCUAGGGUUGCUGCAGAGAACCGUUACAGGAAUGCUGCAAAUGCUUGUAUUGAAGAUUCACUUGGAUGGGCUUCAAACACGUUCCCAGCCAAUGAUCUGAAGUCAAGAACAGGCACGAAAGCACAGUCCCUGGGGAAACAUAAGCUAUCCGUCGCAGACUCAGCCAAGUCUUCAAAAAGCAAACAGCGCAAGCUCUUAGCAGAGCAAACAGAAGUGGCAUGGGUUAGGCCAAAUGACCCAAAUCUCAAGUUUGAUUUCACACCUGCGGAUAGGGAGGAUGAGGAGGUUGAGGAGAAGGCGGUUUUAGAAGAAGAGAUAGAGAUGAUAAGUUGUUCACAGUGGUAUGAUCCAUUCUUUACCUCAGGCCUUGAUGAUUGCUCAUUAGCUUCGGAAAUCUCAGAAAUAGAGUAGUAAAAGCCUUUUUGUAAAAGUAAAACUGCUGAUGAUUGUGGAUGAUCAUUUUCUUAACCACUUUUGAUGGGGCAAAAUCUUUUGUAAAGCAGAAAGUGACAGCUUCGUAGGUUUUUGUGUUUCAUCAAAAUAUCUAAUCUCAAAUAUGAUUUUUAUCCCCA